UGGGAAAAGGACAAGCUCUGAACACCAACUAGCUCAGCUCCCAGCCAUCUGGAUAAAGCAACGCCCUUCUUCUGUGGGAAUACGGGAGCGGCCUAAUUAUCUCCAUGCCUUAGAAUUUAAACAAAAGGGAUGUUUAGGGAUAAACCCCUAAGCACCACAUGCCUCUGAUACGUCAUUGUAGUUACUGAAACCUUGCACGGACGCUGCUACUCCGUGUACUGAUAAUCCCUGCUGCUGAGAUCCUGCUGAAUGAAUUGGCUUCCUGUGACUACAGAAAGAUUGCACGGGGCUAUUUCUUGGAUUGACAAUUUCAGCAGAUUAAAUAUUUCUCAGACUACAGAUACUUCAUUUUAAACCUGUUUUACAAGUUCUUUUUGUGAUAUAAUACUUGGAUUUCUUAUACUCACAAAGUUCCUUAGAUAAGUAACUUUGCGUGUGUUUUCGCGUGUUUUGUGUGUGGAGCAAUACAAGCAUACUGGGAUUUUCUUCUGUAUUGUUUGCAAUAGACAGGUUUCCACUUGUGGAGUGAACAAAAUGCUAUUGGCAAUGCAUUGCAUUUGUAAUAAUACAUCCGAUUUGAUUACAUAAGUUCUUUACUCAUCUGCAUGUCUGAGGGUCCUAACUGAGUUACUCCUGGAUUGUGCAACAUUUUUGCUGUGAAAUGAAAGCUGGAGGUUUCUUGGAUAGUGUUUUAAUGUUUUUGAAAUGACUUUAUGGUACCUAAGCAACUUCUGGGCCACUGAUAGAAACCACUCACAGCUUUGGCAAACGUUCUGCUGGAAGCUUCAGGCGUGGCUGUGAAUGCAUUGUGUUGGAGCCUUCUGAAAUGAUUGUGGUGGACUAUAUGGACGAAAAUGAAGAGUAUUUCCAGAGGCAGGCAUCUCACCGGCAAUCCCGUCGGAGAUUUAGAAAGAUUAAUCAGAAAGGCGAGAGGCAAACCAUUAUUGAUACAGUGGAUCCUUAUCCAGUUGGUAAACCACCUUUACCAAGAGGCUAUCAUACGGAAUGCACUAAACCUCAGCUCCCUGCUGACUUCACAAAGCUGCACAUCACAGAUAGUCUUCAUCCACAGGUGACACACGUGUCCUCCAGUCAUUCAGGAUGUAGCAUCACUAGCGAUUCUGGGAGCAGCAGCUUGUCUGAUAUCUACCAGGCCACAGAAAGUGAAGCUGGAGAUAUGGACCUGAGUGGGCUGCCAGAGACUGCUGUUGAUUCAGAAGAUGACGACGAUGAAGAAGAUAUUGAAAGGGCCUCUGACCCUUUGAUGAGCAGGGACAUUGUACGAGACUGUCUAGAAAAAGAUCCCAUUGAUCGAACUGAUGAUGACAUUGAACAACUCCUGGAAUUUAUGCAUCAGCUUCCCGCAUUUGCCAACAUGACCAUGUCUGUCAGACGAGAGUUGUGUGCAGUUAUGGUGUUUGCAGUGGUGGAGCGGGCAGGCACCGUGGUCCUGAAUGAUGGGGAAGAGCUUGAUUCUUGGUCGGUUAUUUUAAAUGGCUCUGUGGAAGUGACUUACCCUGAUGGGAGGACAGAAAUACUUUGCAUGGGUAACAGCUUUGGUGUCUCUCCAACAAUGGAGAAGGAAUACAUGAAGGGAGUGAUGAGAACCAAGGUGGAUGACUGCCAGUUUGUGUGCAUAGCCCAGCAGGAUUACUGCCGCAUCCUCAACCAAGUGGAAAAGAACAUGCAGAAAGUAGAAGAGGAGGGGGAGAUUGUGAUGGUUAAAGAGCACAGAGAGCUUGAUCGCACCGGGACGAGGAAAGGUCACAUUGUCAUCAAGGGAACUUCAGAACGUCUUACAAUGCACCUUGUGGAAGAACAUUCUGUGGUCGAUCCCACGUAUAUAGAAGACUUCCUCCUGACUUACAGGACUUUCUUAUCGAGCCCCAUGGAAGUUGGAAAGAAGUUGCUGGAGUGGUUUAAUGACCCCAGCCUUAGAGACAAGGUGACACGUGUAGUGCUGCUGUGGGUGAACAAUCACUUUAAUGACUUUGAAGGUGACCUUGCCAUGACUCGAUUUUUAGAGGAGUUUGAGAACAACUUGGAACAACAGAAAAUGGGUGGACACCUACGGUUGCUGAAUAUUGCAUGUGCUGCCAAGGCAAAAAGGAGAUUGAUAACACUAACAAAGCCAUCUCGAGAAGCCCCCUUGCCUUUUAUCCUGCUGGGAGGGUCAGACAAGGGAUUUGGCAUCUUUGUAGACAGCGUGGAUCCUGGAAGCAAAGCUGUAGAAGCAGGCUUAAAGAGAGGGGAUCAGAUCCUGGAGGUGAACGGUCAAAACUUUGAGAACAUUCAGCUUCCCAAGGCCAUGGAAAUUCUGAAGAACAAUACUCAUUUGUCUAUCACUGUGAAAACCAAUUUAUUUGUUUUUAAAGAGCUUUUAGCCAGACUGUUGGAAGAGAAAAGAAGCAAUGCGCCCCACUUGCCCAAGAUCGGUGACAUCAAGAAGGCCAGUAGAUAUUCCAUCCCAGAUCUUGCCGUUGAUGUUGAGCAAGUUAUAGGACUGGAAAAAGUGAGCAAAAAAAGCAAAGCUAAUACGGUUGGAGGAAGAAACAAGUUGAAGAAAAUACUUGACAAAACCCGCAUCAGUAUCUUGCCUCAGAAGCCUUAUAAUGACAUUGGAAUUGGUCAGUCACAAGAUGACAGCAUUGUGGGGUUACGGCAGACAAAGCACAUGCCAGCUACACUACCUGUCAGUGGGACACUGUCAUCCAGCAAUCCUGAUUUAUUACAGUCACAUCAUCGCAUCCUCGACUUUACCACCACCCCAGAUCUACCUGACCAGGUGUUGCGUGUUUUCAAGGCUGACCAACAGAGCCGUUACAUAAUGAUCAGCAAAGACACUACAGCAAAAGAAGUGGUAAUUCAGGCCAUCAGAGAGUUUGCGCUGACCGCUGUCGCAGAUGCUUACUCCUUAUGUGAAGUGUCUGUCACACCUGAAGGUGUAAUCAAACAGAGGCGGCUGCCUGAUCAGCUCUCUAAGCUGGCAGACAGAAUACAGCUUAGUGGAAGAUACUACCUAAAAAAUAACAUGGAAACAGAAACCCUAUGCUCAGAUGAAGACGCUCAAGACUUGCUAAGAGAAAGUCAGCUUUCUUUAUUGCAGCUAAGCACUAUUGAAGUUGCAACUCAGCUCUCCAUGAGAAAUUUUGAACUGUUCCGUAAUAUUGAGCCAACAGAAUACAUCGAUGACUUAUUUAAACUGAAGUCAAAGACUGGCUGCACCAACCUGAAAAACUUUGAAGAGGUCAUAAAUCAGGAGACCUUCUGGGUGGCCUCGGAAAUCUUAAGGGAAACCAACCAACUGAAGCGGAUGAAGAUUAUCAAGCAUUUUAUCAAGAUUGCACUGCAUUGUAGGGAGUGCAAGAAUUUCAACUCUAUGUUUGCAAUCAUUAGUGGUUUAAAUUUGGCUCCUGUGUCACGACUCCGAACAACAUGGGAAAAACUUCCUAGUAAAUAUGAGAAGCUGUUUCAAGAUCUUCAAGACCUUUUUGACCCAUCAAGGAACAUGGCUAAAUAUCGCAAUGUACUUAAUAGCCAGAAUCUUCAGCCUCCCAUUAUCCCCCUUUUUCCAGUUAUCAAAAAAGAUCUUACAUUCCUACAUGAAGGUAAUGACUCCAAAGUUGAAGGUUUGGUCAACUUUGAGAAGCUAAGGAUGAUUGCGAAAGAAAUCCGCCAUGUCGGUCGAAUGGCUUCGGUCAACAUGGAUCCUGCACUAAUGUUUAGAACAAGGAAGAAGAAGUGGAGAAGUUUAGGAUCACUUAGUCAAGGCAGUACCAAUGCAACAGUUCUUGAUGUAGCCCAGACUGGAGGGCACAAAAAGCGCGUACGUCGUAGUUCUUUCUUAAAUGCAAAAAAAUUGUAUGAAGAUGCCCAGAUGGCUCGUAAAGUAAAGCAGUACUUGUCAGAUCUGGAUCUUGAAAUGGAUGAAGAAAAUCUUCAGACGCUAUCUCUGCAGUGUGAGCCAGCAACAAAUACAUUGCCAAAAAAUCCAUGUGAGAAGAGAUCAGGUAAACCAGACACAUCACCAGUUACACCAAGGGCAGCUACACAACAGAAACAGCAGCAGCAAAUAGCUAAGGCGAAUCAGGCAUUACAAGUGCCUGCAGUAUCGCUAUACCCAUCUCGGAAGAAAGUGCCAGUUAAAGAUCUACCACCUUUUGGCAUCAUAACUUAUUUAUCAUAUGAGCACAUAUCUCCUCUUAAAGGCAUCAACUCUCCGCAAGCUUUAAAGAAAAUCCUCUCAUUAUCGGAAGAAGGUAGUUUGGAAAGACACAAAAAACAAGCAGAAGACACUAUAUCAAAUGCAUCAUCACAACUUUCUUCUCCUCCAACAUCCCCGCAGAGCUCUCCGAGAAAAGGUUAUACACUGGCAGCUAGUGGCACUAUAGAUAAUUUCUCAGACUCUGGACACAGUGAAAUUUCUUCCCGUUCUAGUAUAGUCAGUAAUUCUUCCUUUGACUGUGUACACCUGCAUGAUGAUAGGCGGCAAAGGCAUUCGGUUAGCAUUGUAGAGACUAACCUCGGUGUCGUAAGGAUGGAUAGAAGAGCCACGCUGGAAUCGGAACAUUGCUGCUUAGGCUCGUAUGCACCUUUGGCAGAUGGCCGAUGUUUCUAUGCUGGUGCCACUGUUUUGUCCUCUCCGAGCAUGGAGGAGCUGUCCCAAGACCAAGGGGACAGAGCAUCUCUGGAUGCAGCAGAUAGUGGCCGUGGUAGCUGGACUUCUUGCUCAAGUGGCUCCCAUGACAAUAUACAAACUAUACCACAUCAGAGAAGCUGGGAGACGCUUCCUUUUGGUCAUGUUCAUUUUGAGAGCACAGCAGAUGGGGCAGGUUAUUGGACCUCAGGUAGUCAUAUGGACCAGGCCAUUUUUCCUGACCAUAAAUUUGGCAGACAUAGCCAAGGAAGAGAGGCUUUAGAUCAAGCACAGUCCAGAGCAAGCUGGGCAUCAUCAACAGGUUACUGGGGUGAGGACUCUGAAGGGGACACUGGCACGAUUAAAAGAAGAGGUGGAAAGGAUGUUGCUCUUGAAGCUGAAACCAACAGCAUUACAUCUUUAUCAUCCGAGGAAUCCAAAUCACUCAGCAUUCCCUCUCAUAUUGCAGUGACGGCGAGUUCUGCUAAAGGUCUUAUUGUGUAUUGUGUUACUACAGCGAGGAAAGAGGGACGGUAUCGAGAGCCACCCCCAACGCCGCCGGGUUAUGUAGGAAUCCCCAUUGCAGACUUUGCUGAAGGACACCCACCACUUUCUAGAAAACCCCCGGAUUAUAAUGUGGCACUGCAGCGUUCCAGAAUGAUGGCUCGGAGAAGUGACAGUGAAGGAGCUACAGCCACUUCUCCACCAUCACAUAACCAGACUCCGAACAAGCUAGGAAAUAAACCACAGUGGCAUAAACCGAAUGAAUCUGACCCACGACUUGCUCUUUAUCAGGCACAAGUGGUUUCAGCAAAAGAUGAUACAGAUGAUGAGCAAGUAUCUGCGGUAUAAAGUACAGAACUCUUCCCUUUCUGGAUGAGCCACCUUUAAACUGAGAGCACAAGAAGAUGACCUAUAAGAUAGGAGCCUUUCGACCUCACGUUGAGAUGGUGGAUUUUUUGUCUCCUCCUCUGCCUUAAAGCAGCAUUGGACAUCUUCUGCCCCUUUACCCCUCUCCCUGGCAUGUGAAAAUACUGUGAAGAAAUCACCCUGGCACUUUUUUGUUCCCCGACAAACUAUGUUGCUUGAAACAUACAGCUGGGUGACCACCAUGUUGUGUGGUCUCUGGCUUAAACCUUGCACAGUAUCAUUCCAAAAUCCUCAACCAUCACAUCAGCGGUUAUAUUCUGGCUGCACUUCUUCAUGCCUGGAAGGGUAUCUUUUUAUCUUCCUUUUCGAUUUUAAUCUUCAACUAGCUUCUCAUUAGGUAAAUGGGACUAGCUGGUCAUCUUAUAACAAUAGCCCUUUUUUAACUUCAGAGUUUUGCAUUGAAACAAUCUCCGUACAUGGCUUGAGUUGGUUUUGUUUGUUUACAGUACCAUUUGUUACCAUACAUCCCCUUUGUUGUAUGAGGCACUUGGGGUCCAGCAACCAUCUGCAAUAAAGGGGACAGUUUAGCGAGUAUAUUUGUUACAUCAGAAUAAUUACAGUGUUAUUUCACACCUAAGUUAUAACUAUUUUUUAUGUUUAUAGAGAUUUUUAAUUAAGAAAUGAACUGGAUAAUAUUGAAGUGAUGGCAGCUUGAGUUCUUGAACUAAUGCUACUAGCUGUUUAAUACUGUCCGAAUCACAAACUGUUUCAUUACUCACCAUAAACCAAUCAGUGACAAUUAAUAGGUCAAACUCUUCACUGAAGCAGGAACGGACCUGCGCAACGUUGAUCUUGUAGAGAAGGCCAAUGUGUAGCAUUCACCUGCUCACAGCUGCUAUUUAAUCUUUCAUGACUGAAAUCUCCCUGUAUCUCUCUCUUUGCACAGACUCCGGAUACAUGAAGGAUGCCCUCCGAGUAAUGCUCCUGUAUUGAGGAACUUGUGAUCUUGGAUUUAUUUUUUUUCUUUUAUCAAAUUGAACUCAACUGAUCAUAUUGAUCAGUGGAUAAACAUAUAUAGAUACAACUUUAACAAAGAAAAUUAGGAAACAAAAUGCAGUGUUUUUUCACUGUAUAUAUGUCAGUGCUUUAUUUAAUUAUUCUCUCUAUCCUGUAUACAUAGCUUUUGUCUAUUGCUUCUGUAUCACAUUGUCAAUUAUGCCUAUGUACUUUUACAUGUAAUAUGCAUUAUUUGCCAGCUUUAUUCUGUAGGCGACAGACCUCGUGCAUAUAGGCAGACAGAAGCCCAGCUCACACAUUGCACAAAUAUUAUAAGCAUCAUGUAAUCGUAGGAUAUAGGACUGCUAAUCUCAGUUCGCUCUGUGAUGUCAAGUGCAGAAUGUACAACUAACUGGUGAUUUCCUCAUACUUUUGAUACUACUUGUACCUGUAUGUCUUUUAGAAAGACAUUGGUAGAGUCUGUAUCCUUUUUGUAUUUUUAAUACAAUAAUUGUACAUAUUGGUUAUAUUUUUGUUGAAGAUGGUAGAAAUGUACUAUGUUUAUGCUUCUACAUCCAGUUUGUAUGAAGCUGGAGAAUAAAUAAAUAUAACAUACUGUACAAAGUG